AAUCCUAGCUGUAUUGAGAGAUCGAGAGAAAAGAGAAAAGCCCUAAUUCCUCACAUCACUCUCUCUCCCCCCCUUCUCACUCCUUCUUUCAAUCUCCCACUCUUAAACCCUAGUCCCGAAUCGUAUCCCAGCAUCCACGAGGGGGCUGAAAAGCCCUCUCGUUCGCGCCGCGGCGCACGAUCUCUCGGUUGUUUUGCUUUCUGCUUUCGACUCGAUUUCGUUUUUCACUGCACAGGGUGGUGAUUUUCAUGCCUUUAUUGUGAGAGGGCACUGGUCUUCCUAGUGAUAUUGCGUAUUAGGAGGCCAUACAAUUUUGUCUAAGAACUUGAAGUUCCAGCUUUGUUGAUCUUGAGUUCACGCAAUUCGUUAUAAUGAUUGCCACUAAAACCAUGCUGUCGAGCAGCAAGCUGAAGAUUAAAUUUGCCUGCAAAAGAAUUGAAGCUGAUCCAGGGAAAAAAUUAGAAGCUGAUUCUAAUUAUUCUAGGAGUCACUCACGUGACGAUGGGCACCUAGCCUCACUCACAGAGGUCAGCUCAAUGUCAAAAUCUUCACUUCCGGGUUCUAAGAAGCGUGAACCCUCGGGGGAUCUUGAGGGUCAGAAAGAGAAGAAGAUGAAGAUUGAUCGUAGUGUGAAGGUGCAAUGCUCAACGAUUCUCAAAACACUGAUGAAUAACAAGGAAAGCUGGCCUUUCAAUGAACCAGUUGAUCCUGUGAAGCUGAGAAUCCCUGAUUACUUCCACAUCAUCUCUCAUCCCAUGGAUUUGGGCACGGUAAAAUCAAAGCUGCAGAAAGAUUUGUACUUCAAUGCUGAAGCCUUUGCUGGCGAUGUCAGGCUGACUUUUUCUAAUGCCAUGCUCUAUAAUCCUCCUGGAAAUCCGUUUCAUCAUAUGGCAGAAAACCUGAAUAGGAUUUUUGAGAUGAGAUGGGGUCUUUUAGAUGAGAAGUUGAGUCAUGGAAGCUCAAAGGUUGAAUCUGGGAAACCUUCGAGUGGGCAAAUUAAGAAACUAACUUGUGUGAGACAGAAUCCCUGCAACACUCCUCCCUUGCAAAAUAGGUUGGUGGUCAAGAGAUCUAUUCCAUGCGAAGAGAAGGUAAGAGUCCCUGUUGGUGCAACUGAUGCUGAGGCAGAGCUUUCUAAAACAGCUCCGAAUUCUAAGCCCAAAUUGUCAUCAAAGUACUUAAAUACAAGCACCGAUAGUGGCUAUAAACAAGCUUCAGGCAUUAAUGCAAAGCAGCCAUCAAGCCUGGUUUGCUUAAAAUGUGGUUCAUGUGGAAACAUUGCAUGUCAAUGCAGGCAUUCUAGUGACUCAACCCUUACAUCCUUAAGUGACAAAUCUUCUGAAGGGUCAGUGGGCAGGGAGCAUGGUUUGUCUAAUUCUAAUGUAUCCAGACUGGAUUGUCAAGCAAAAAGCUUGUCAACAUCCCAGACGAGCAAAUCAGAUCCAGAAUCUGAUGGGGAUGUAAGUGCUUUGGAUGGGGAAAACAUAUGUUGCAGUCCUCGGCUUACAACUCCAGUAUCGGAUUCUGCUUCUGGAGAAGGAUGGAGCACUUCUCAUUUUGAUGUUCAAAUGUCACCGAAAAGGGCUCUCCGUGCUGCAAUGCUAAAGAGCCGCUUUGCAGACACUAUUUGGAAAGCUCAACAGCAGAAACUCCUAGAUCAUGAUGACAGAAGUGAUCCACUUAAGAUGCAGCAGGAAAGGGCAAGAUUGGAGAGGAAGCAGCGUGAAGAGAAAGCAAGGAUCGAAGCUGAAAUAAGAGCUGCUGAAGCUGCCACACGAAAGAGGGCUGAGAAUGAGUUGAAGCAGCAACGGGAAAGAAAAAGAGAAGAAGCUCGAAUUGCACUUGAGAAGAUGAAGCGAACAGUUGAGGUUGAUACAAGCUUGAAGAUCCUAGAGGAACUUGGAAGAUUUACAGGGUUAUCCGUAUUUGCUCCUAUUCUCAACUUUAAUCGCGGGUCUGGGGGUUUCUGUGGAUCACAUCCCCAAUCACCUUUGGAGCAGUUAGGUUUAUUUGUAAAGCCUGAAUAUUCAGGAGACGACGACGAUGAUGAAUCAAUGCUGUACGAGGAUGGGGAGGAAGGAGAGAUUGUCUGAUACACGUUGGUUUCGCUCAGUUUGGCUAAAUUGUUCGUGCGCUAUUUUUCCAAUUCGGGUCUGUGUUGUAUGAGUGUUGAGAAGGAAGAGAGACCGUUGUAAAUAAUUUUCCCGGUAGUGGACAUGUUGACUGAAUACAAGUAUAUAUAAUAUAUAUAGUUCUCUA